GUUGUGGUUGAAACAGUGGCAAUUGUGGUUACUGUAAAUUGGCUAGGUCAUCCACAAAACUCUGAGUUAAACUUAUACUUUGACCACACGUAAGUGACAAAUUUAUUAUCUCAUUUCAUUUUAUUUGUCUGUUAUUCGAAUAUUUAUUUUUUAAUUAAUUGACCCAUGUAUUUUAUAUUUAAAUUUAAAUUUAAUUUGACUUGAAGCUAUUUAUAUUUUCAUGAUGACACCUUAAAAAUAAAAAAAGUCACUAGAAGAAAGUUAUCAUAUCAUAUUUUAUCAAGUCUGAGUUUCUAAUCUUGUUUGACAUAAAAAUUUCGUGGAUGACAGCUAUUAUUAUUAUUAUAUGAAAAUACUAAUGAUCAUUCAAUGUGUAAUCAUUUAAAGAAGUUAAUUUAUUUUAUUAAAAUCGACAAGAUAGUUAUUUGCAGUGUUAACUGAUGAAUGAGAUAUUUGUGAGAGAGAGAGAGAGAGAGAGAGAUUGAAGCAACAAGUGUCUCAAACCAAUUGGAAAUUUAUACAAAGUGUCAAUUUAAUAAAUAAAUAAAAAUGACUGAAGAUUAUGUACUGAAUGGACCACCUGGAUUCAAUUUACCAAAUAUAUCUUUGGGACAAUUUAUUCUUGAUAAACUUGUGAAAAAUCCACUGUCAAUUGUUCAGGUAAAUGCUAAAACUGGUGAAAUUUUAACAAGUCAUGAUUUGCUAAAAAAAAGUGUUAGACUUGCUGUAUCAUUGGAUGAACGAUACCACUGCAAACCAGGUGAUACAAUUGCAAUAUCAAGUGAGAAUAAUUGUGAUUUUUUUAUUGCCGUGUGUGCUGGUUUAUUUAGAGGUGCUUGCAUUGCACCAAUAAAUUCAUCUUAUUUAAAAGAUGAAAUUCAUCACUGUCUCAAUAUAUCCAAACCAAAAAUAAUUUUUGUAUCUCAAAAAACAUCAAAGCUAAUUCACGAUGUCAUUAAAAAUUCAAGUUGGAAUAUUGAAAUAAUACAAUUUGAGCUGGGUACAAUUGAAUCAAAUGAAUCAAUAAUGAUGAAUGAUAUUAUUGGUGGAUCAAAAAUAUGGCCAGAUGAAUUUUUUUAUAGAGCAGAAAUAAUAGAUAAUCCAUGUGAUAUUGAAGCUGUAAUUUUAUGUUCAUCUGGUACAACUGGUUUGCCAAAAGGUGUCAUGCUUUCACACAAAAAUAUGCUUGCAAUAAUUUAUGCAAUGGAAUCUCCACAAUUUUUUAGAGAUUUAAAAAAUGGAACAGUUUUAUUGACUAUACCAUUUUUCCAUGGCUAUGGUUUGGCAACAAUGUUAUCAAUAAUAUCACGUGGUUUAACUGUUGUAUUUAUGUCGUCAUUUGAUCCACAAUUAUUUUGUCAAACAAUACAAAAAUAUCGUAUUAAUUCAAUUCCAUUGGUUCCACCAAUAAUGUCGUUUCUAGCAAAACAUCCAAUGAUUUCACAAUUUGAUUUUAGCAGUGUCAAAGAAAUUACAUGUGGAGCUGCAUCACUUUCACGCGAGAUUUUGAUUGCUGUUAAAAAACGUUUUAAUAAUAAUAUUGUCAUUAGACAAGGAUACGGUAUGACUGAAUUAUCAGUUGCAGUAUCAAUAACACCACCUGAUUCAGCUGAAUUCAAGCCAGAUUCAGUUGGAUUAUUAACACCUGGAACACAGUGUAAAGUCAUUGAUCCAUCUACAUCAGUAUCACUUGGUCCAAAUAAAAUUGGUGAACUUUGUUUCAAGGGUGAUCAUGUUAUGAUUGGUUAUAAGGAUAAUUAUCAAGCAACAAAUGAUACUAUUGAUGAAAAUAAGUGGCUUCAUACUGGUGAUCUUGGUUAUUAUGACAAUGAAAAAUAUUUAUAUAUCGUUGGACGUAUCAAAGAGCUCAUUAAAUAUAAUGGUUUUCAAAUAUCACCAGCUGAAAUUGAAAAUUAUCUUUUAAAACAUUCGUCGGUUAUUGAUGCUGCUGUUGUUGGUAAAAAUGAUGAAACAUGUGGACAAUUGCCAGUUGCAUUUGUUGUUAAAAAACAUAAUUCAACAGUAACCCCUGAUGAAUUACGUGCAUAUAUUGAUGAACGUGUAUCAUCACCAAAACGAUUAAGAGGUGGAGUUGUAUUUGUCAAUGAAAUACCAAAAAAUCCAUCUGGUAAAAUUUUAAGAAAAAAACUUGAAAAAUUAUUACAAUCUAAAUUGUAAUAUCAACUUUUUUUUAUACUACUUUGAAUAAAUUGUAUAAUAGUAUAAAUAAAUAAAUAAAAUAAUAUAAUUUAAUUAAUUC